UCACAGAAGACCAUGGGAAAAAAAGCUAUUGAUUCACGGGUCCCAGCGUUGAUCCGGAACGGCGUCCAGGAGAAGCAAAGAAGCUUCUUCUUCAUUGUGGGGGACAAAGCCAAAAACCAAUUACCCAAUCUCCAUUACUUGAUGAUGUCUGCUGAUUUGAAGAUGAAUAAAUCGGUAUUGUGGGCAUACAAGAAGAAACUUUUAGGUUUUACUUCCCAUAGACAGAAGAGAGAAGCCAAGAUCAAGAAGGAUAUUAAGAGAGGAAUUAGAGAAGUUAACGAGCAAGAUCCAUUCGAAGCAUUUAUCUCUAAUCAAAACAUCAGGUACGUUUACUACAAGGAAACCGAAAAAAUUUUAGGUAAUACCUAUGGUAUGUGUAUCUUACAAGACUUUGAAGCCAUCACUCCGAACUUACUCGCUAGAACCAUCGAAACCGUCGAAGGUGGUGGGUUAGUGGUGAUCUUGUUGAAGUCCAUGACUUCUUUAAAGCAAUUAUACACCAUGACAAUGGAUAUUCAUAGUCGGUAUAGAACCGAAGCCCACAAUGAUGUUGUGGCCAGAUUCAACGAAAGAUUCUUAUUGUCGUUAGGAUCUUGUGAAAACUGUUUGGUUGUGGAUGACGAGUUGAAUGUAUUGCCUAUUUCUGGAGGAAAGCAUGUUAAGGCCUUACCACCUAAAGAUGAUGAUGAAUUGACCCCUAAAGCCCAAGAAUUGAAGGAUCUAAAGGAAAGUUUAGCGGACGUUGAACCUGCCGGUGCAUUGGUGGGCUUGUCCAAGACCCUUAAUCAAGCACAGGCAAUUUUGACGUUCAUCGAUGUUAUCACCGAGAAGAGUUUGAGGAGUACUGUGACUUUGACUGCUGGAAGAGGUAGAGGUAAAUCUGCCGCUCUUGGUGUUGCCAUGGCUGCUGCCAUUUCCCAAGGUUACUCCAAUAUAUAUGUGACUUCACCGUCUCCAGAAAAUUUGAAGACCCUUUUCGAGUUUGUUUUCAAAGGUUUUGAUGCUUUAGGAUACAGCGAGCAUUUGGACUAUGAUAUUAUUCAAUCCACAAGUGCAGCUUUCAACAAGGCUAUUGUCAGAGUGGAUGUUAAGCGUGCUCACCGUCAAGUUAUCCAGUACAUUCAACCUUCUGAUUACCAAUACUUGUCUCAAGCUGAAUUGGUGAUCAUUGAUGAAGCUGCUGCCAUUCCAUUACCAGUUGUGAAGAAAUUAAUGGGGCCAUACUUAGUUUUCAUGGCAUCCACCAUUAAUGGGUACGAAGGUACUGGUAGGUCCUUGUCGUUGAAAUUGAUCCAACAACUUCGUGAUCAGUCCUUGAACAAAGAAAUCUCCAAGGAUACUAUUGUUGUAUCUAGAGAUAGAAAAACAGAAGGUGAACAUAUGGCUACCACCAGAACAUUACGUGAAGUUGUUUUGGAUGAACCUAUCAGAUAUGCUCCAGGAGAUCCCGUGGAAAAAUGGCUUAAUAAGCUCUUGUGCUUGGAUGUGACUUUGAACAAAAAUUCCAAAUUUGCAACCAAAGGAACUCCUCACCCAUCUCAGUGUAAUUUGUUCUACGUCAACAGAGACACUCUUUUCUCAUACCAUCCAGUUUCAGAAGCAUUUUUGGAGAAGAUGAUGGCCCUUUACGUUGCAUCUCACUACAAAAACUCACCUAAUGAUUUACAGUUGAUGAGUGAUGCUCCUGCCCACCAGUUGUAUGUUUUGUUACCUCCUAUUGAUCCAAAAGAUAACAGAAUCCCAGAUCCCCUCUGUGUAGUGCAGUUGGCCUUGGAAGGAGAAAUCUCCAAAGAUAGUGUUCGUAAGAGUUUAUCUAGAGGCCAAAGAGCUGGAGGUGAUUUGAUUCCUUGGUUGGUGAGCCAACAGUUUCAAGAUGAAGAAUUUGCUUCUUUGUCGGGAGCUCGUGUUGUUAGAAUUGCCACCAAUCCUGAAUACUCUGGUAUGGGAUACGGUUCGAGAGCUUUGGAAUUAUUGCAAGAUUAUUUUGAAGGAAAAUUCACAGACAUUAGUGAAGAUAAUGAACUUAAGGAAGAAACCAUAACCAGGGUUACUGACAGGGAAUUAAGCCAAGGUUCAUUGAGAGAUGAAAUUAAAUUGAGAGACUCUAAAUCUUUACCACCAUUAUUAUUAAAUCUUUCUGAAAAAGCCCCUUACUACUUGCAUUACCUUGGUGUGUCGUAUGGUUUGACUCCCCAGUUACACAAGUUCUGGAAAAGAGCUGGUUUCGCUCCUGUUUAUGUAAGACAAACAGCUAAUGAAUUGACUGGUGAGCAUACAGCUGUCAUGAUCAACGUAUUGAAUGGACGUGAUGAUAAGUGGUUGACAGAGUUCUGCAAGGACUUCCAAAAGAGAUUCUUGCAACUUUUGUCAUAUGAGUUCAAGAAGUUUUCUGCUGUUCAGUCGCUUAGUGUUAUUGAAGCCACUGAAAUCAACUCUAAUGCUUCUCCAGAGGUGAUUUCGAAGAAACACUUGGACGAAGUCUUGUCUCCGUUCGACUUGAAGAGACUUGAUUCCUACGCCAACAAUUUGUUAGAUUAUCACGUUAUUGUUGACAUGUUACCACUUUUGUCUCACUUGCAUUUCAACAAGAAGACCAGGGGAAUGAGCUUGUCCUCAGUGCAGUCUGCUAUUUUAUUGGCAAUAGGAUUGCAACGCAAGAGCUUAGAUGAUGUUGCUAAAGAGUUGAACUUACCAACCAACCAAGUGAUGGCCAUGUUUGCUAAGGUUAUCAGAAAGUUUUCUGUAUUUUUCAGAGAUAUCUUGAACAAAUCCAUUGAAGAAACUAUGCCCGAAUUACAAGACGAGUCUGUUCAACAAAUGGAAGGAAAUGUUGAGACAUUCGAUGAAAUCAACAAUGAAGAUAUACAAGCAGAAGGUGAAGAGGUGUUGAGUGACUUGAAGUUAAAGCAGAGAGAAUUGAUUAAUGCUAUAAACUUGGAUAAAUACGCCAUUGCUGAUGAUGCAGAAUGGAACUCAAAUAAGAGCUUGGACAAGGCGGUUAAGGCCAAUGGAGUUGUCAGCGUCAAGAAUAAAAACGCCAAACGGAAGAAAGAGGAUGCCAAUGAGAUUUAUGAACAAGAGAUGAAGGAGCUUAAGAAGGCGAAGAAAAAGUCCAAAAAGUAGGUUGCCCUGAAUAAAUAAAUACAUGCAAUAUAUAAUGUUUCUAUAAAGCUCGGGUGUAGUCCAAGAUCUGUUCGAUGGACCACGAAACCAUUUCAGUGAUGUUACUAUUAUCGUCGUUCUUGUACGCUCUUAUCUUUAAAUCCACAAGAGCAUGCUCGUUCAAGGUAUUGUUGACAUCUGCAUGGGUGAAUAAAUGCUUGUGAAAACUCGCGUAGGCCGGCCAUACGUAAUCGUCAAAGUAGUUCGGAGGGUCCACCCAAAAUCCUGCAAUGGUAGAAUAGCCUUUCCGGUUAGCUCUUCUAGACUUUAGGCAGUCGUAUGUAGAAUAAUAAAACAACUUCAAGUCAAACAAAUCAACGAGUGUUUUGUCAUGAAAGAGCAUAAACCCAUCCACCAACACAAUUUUGACGCCCUUAAGCUGGUUUUGGAGUUUAGCUUUCAACUCUGUGAUUUCUUGAGCAGAUAACUUCAAGUUGAUAUCGGGCUCCAAAGUGUCAAUUUUUUCGGGAAAUUCUUCUCCCGCCUUCACCUUCUGAAUAUAGGUGAUGAAUUUGUCAAAGUCAAUGCUAUCAGGGUGGUCCCAGUUUUGUUCACCGGUUUUGUGGUCAACGGGAAUUUGGUCGUCAGGGAAAUAAAAGUCAUCUUGAUGGAGAAUUUGACAAUCCAACAAAUUAAGGAGAUUUUUCGUCACGGUUGUCUUGCCUGAUGAAGAGGGGCCGCUAAUACCUACAAUAAUUAUCUUCAAAUCACUCACUUCAUUGUUCUUGUUCUCCAUCUUCAGCCGCCAGUGGAAAAAUACCCGCGAUCUUCAAGGUGCGAUUG